GACAGAUGUUACGUUCUCUGUUACAGAGUGCAGACUGCAGAAAGCGUACUGUACUCAUUAGACGCCAAGCAUGUGUUUAGUGUUUACGUGGAUCGCUGGGUCUACGAAAACUUGGAUUUGGACAUUUGGUAUUGUUGGAUUUCGUUUUCCUGCAUUCGUGUCAUAGUGUAUCUGUAAGAUUAUCCAUUUGUUCCGAAUGGAAACAAAAGAGACCACGGACUGCCGUUCUUUCACGGCUGGCGAUGUUGUUUCGUGCUGCGAGCCUUUGGUUUGGGUACUUGACAGCAGCGCCUAUGAAACACGUUGUGCCUACUGCCUGCAAAAGAGCCAGGAACUGCGUACCUGUUCAGGAUGCAAACUUCACCGCUACUGCAGCGUCGCGUGCCAGUCUGCUGACUGGAAGCUGGAGCAUAAACUGGAAUGCGUCCUGCUGAAGACCGCCACUGGUCGGGAUAUCAUCGCCAAGUUGGCCAACAAGAUCAAGUUAAACGUGAUGAUGGACAUCCCGGGUAUGGGUCGAAAAUCUGCCAAAGACCUGCUAUCCAUGCUGCCAGUCAAUCCCGCACAAUCGGAAAUCAACCGGACUGUAACACCAUCGCACGGUAUGGAGGAGCUGAAAGCCAUCGGUGUACCUGUCACAAGAACUCUUGGUCUAUUACGGACUCGUCCGCUACAACAGCGUGCCCAUGCAUGA